GGUUGAAGAGAAGAGCGAGAGAGAGGCUGAACGGUGCGGCGGCGGAAGAUCAGCGAUCGCUGGUGUGAACAUGGCGGAGACCGUACGCUCGCUCUUCGACUACCGGGAGACACACAGUCUGGACAGCGAUGGAGAGGGUAUCAAACCGGCACCGCCACUGCGGGGGUGAGGAAGUCAACCCACCAUGACACUAAAGUGAAAAACUGUUUCAUGAUAAUGUUUUCCUCCUAAUUGACAGCGAUACUCCGGUGGGUGUGUGCGCGCAUGUAUUCGUUGGUGUGUUUUUGAUGAACUAAAGUUGUAAACACACCGUUUUUCCGAGGUUUGUCUAUGAGCGCGAGUUAAAUAUUCAGAAAUUGAGCGAUAAAGUUGUUUGUUCGCCUCGUCUUUGCUUGUUUUUAAGCGUUAAUUCCACCUUGCACGGCAGCUCCGAAGAGGUGUGUGCGCGCGUGAAUGUCUCUGUUGGUGCGCGCGCAUAUGUGUGUGUGUGUGCGUGACACUGAAUUUACUGAUUGGAUGGGUGUACUCUCUUUUUUGGAGUGUGACAAAAACACACACUGUGGUGUCUAAACUUAUGUGCCUCACAUGUGUCACUUUUUUCAGGUUUACCAGAAAAAAGCUGGAGUUCAGUCACGUGGUGGUGUUGUGUCUCAAACUGCACCUAACAAAAGUUUUCAGGACCCUGACCCAGAAUGCAACUGUUCACUUCUCUGAGUUAUAAAAUAUGUGGGAAUCAAAAUAUUGUUGAAGCUCCCCUAUGUGUGUGUGUGUGUGUGUGUGUGUGAGAGAGAGAGCGUCUCUCUCUCUCUCUCUCUCUCUCUCUCCCUCUCUCACCCCCCCUCCCUCUCUCGUUUGCUCUCUCUGUCUGUGUGUGCUCGCGCUCGCAUUAAAUGUGUGCGCGCAAGUGUGUGUGUGUGUGUGAGUGUGUGUGUGGUUGUGAGAGUGGGAGAAAAAGCACACACACACACAGGGAGGGGGGGAGAGCGUGAGAGAGAAAGGAGCAGCUCUGUGAGUGUGUGUGUGUGUGUGUCUGUGUGUGUAUCAGUGUGUGUGUGCAUAUGUGUGUGUGUGUUUGACUGUGUGAGAGGGAGGGAGGGGGGAGUGGUGUGGUGUGUGUUGAGUGUGUCUGCAUAUGUGUGUGUGUGUGUGUGUGUGUGUGUGUGCUAGAGCAGAGGAAGGAGGAGGGAGUGUGUGUGUGUGUGUGUAAGGGAUGGGAGGGGGAGAGUGUGUGCGUGACAGAGACAGACACUGUGAGUGUGUGUGAGUGAGAGAGAUGAGGAAGGGAGGGGGAGCACUGUGUGUAAGGAGUGUGUGUGACAAAGAGAGCAGGAGUGUGUGAGUGUGGGUGUGUGUAUGCGUGUGUAGUAUUGAGUGAGUGAGUGAGUGAGUGAGUGAGUGAGUGAGUGAGUGAGUGAGUGAGUGUGUGGUUCUGUGAGUUUGUGUGUGGUUGAUAGAGUGAGUAAGGUGUGCGUGUGUAUUGAUGUGAUUGAGAGAAUGUGUUGUUCAAUGUGUUUUGCAGACUACGUGUGUUUACACACAUAUAUGCUUGUGUGUCUGUGUGUGUGUGAGAGAGCAGAGUGGCUAAUAUUGUGUACGUGUGUGUGUGGAAAAUAGAGGGGAAUAAAGGUGUGUUUAGUGUGAGGCAGAGGAGAGAGACUGGGAGAGAGAAAGGAUUGUGAGAGACUGUGAAGGACAUGUGUGUGUAUGUACGUGAGAAGGAGCAUAUAAAAAGUGGAUGUGUGUGUGUGAGAGAGGGAGAGAGAGAGAGAGAGAGAGAGGGAAAGAGAGACAGAGAUAGAGGGGAAGUGUGUUAGAGGCACAGGGAAGGGGAGGGGAGUGUGUUUGCGCAUAUGUGUGUGUUGGGAGAGUGGGGGAGGGAAUGUGUUUGUUUGUGUGUGUGUGUGUGUAUGUGUGUGUGAGGGAAGGAGAGAGAGAGAGAGAUGGGAGGUGUGUAUCCGUGUGAGCAUGAAGAACUGUGUUUAUGUGUAACCAAGUGAUGUGUGUGUGCGAGUUCUAGAGUCUGAAAAAAACUUGAAAACCGAGUGAAAGAUUGGUGAAGUGAUAAAACAGUGUGCGAUCUCAAGGGUUGUUCUAAUUGUGCGUACAGUAUGUGUGUGUGUGUGAGGGAGAGUGUGUAUGUGUGUGUGUGUGUUGUCUAAAAAGUAAAAUUAUUUUGUUGGGUCUUUAGGGAAGGCACUGUGAAAAAAAAGUGAAAAAGUGCUUGUUAAAAGAGUGUCUUUCUUUAAGAGACCAAGGUGUGUGUGUGUGUGUGUGUGUGUGUAGCUGUGUGUGUCUGUGUGUGUGUGAUGAAGGGUAUUAGUGUGUGCAAGUGUGUAACAGACUGUGCAUGUGUCUCACAGAGGAGAGAGAGAAACAGAAGAUGGAGGGUGUGUGUUGCAGGGAGACAGAGCACGGGGUGAGUGUGUCUGUGUGUUGAAGAGAGAGAGAGAGGAAGAGAGGGACUGAGUGUGUGUGUGUGCGUGUGUGUGUGAGAGGGUGU